UCUGCGGCAAAAGCCAUGCUAUUGGUGGCAAAAUCUCCUCCAACCUUCUGGUUAUCUCCCACCGGGCACGAUCGCCAUGGUUUAGUGAACCUGAAAUUCUCGCAUUCCUUCGUCUUUGCCAAACCAAAAUCAAAAUUUUCCUUUUCGAAUUCGGCCUAUGCUUGUACGCAGAUUUACCCUUCACCAUCGCAAACGAAAAGCUAUCUCGAUAUUGAACUUGAUAACUCCGCCAGAAUUGUCGAGUUUUGUGAAGUGGGUGAUCUGAAAAAUGCUAUGGAGCUUCUCUGCAGCUCCGGAAAUGCCAACCUUGACUUGGAAACUUACUGCUCCGUCUUGCAGCUUUGUGCUGAACGAAAAUCGAUUCGAUAUGGGAAAAGGGUUCAUUCAAUAAUUGAAUCUAAUGGGGUUGUGAUGGACGGAAUCUUGGGGGCGAAACUAGUUUUUAUGUAUGUAAAAUGUGGGGAUCUAAAAGAAGCGAGGAUGAUUUUUGAUAAACUAUCGGAACAGAAGGUUUUCCUCUGGAACCUCAUGAUUAGUGAGUAUGCGGGAAAUGGUAACUAUGUGGAGAGUGUAAAUUUGUUCAAGCGAAUGAUGGAGUUGGGGAUAAAACCUAAUUCUUAUACAUUUUCUAGUGUUUUAAAAUGUCUCGCUGCAGUUGCACGUGUAGAACAAGGCAGGCUGGUUCAUGGGUUUAUCUGCAAGCUGGGGUUUUCAUCCUAUAAUACAGUCGUUAACUCGCUAAUUUCUUUCUACUUCGUGAGUAAAAAGGUUAGAAGUGCACAGAAGCUGUUUGAUGAAUUGAGUGACCGAGAUGUGAUAUCAUGGAACUCUAUGAUCAGUGGCUAUGUUAAGAAUGGUUUAGAAGACAAGGGAAUUGAGAUUUUCAUAAAGAUGUUAGAUUUCAGUGUUGAUGUUGAUUUGGCUACAAUGGUCAAUGUGCUUGUGGCUUGUGCAAAUACGGGCACUCUUUUGUUGGGUAAGGCACUUCAUUCUUAUGCAAUAAAGGCGGCUUCUUCUCUUGACAGAGAAGUUAUGUUCAAGAAUACUUUACUGGACAUGUACUCAAAAUGUGGAGAUUUGAACAGUGCCAUCCGGGUUUUUGAGAAAAUGGAUGAGAAAACCGUUGUAUCUUGGACUUCGAUGAUUGCAGGCUAUGUACGUGAAGGUCUAUCCGAUGGUGCAAUUGAGUUGUUUGAUGAAAUGAAAAGCAGAGGCGUCGUCCCGGAUGUUUAUGCUGUGACAAGCAUUCUUCAUGCUUGUGCUAUCAAUGGCAACCUGAGUAGUGGGAAGAUUGUACACAACUACAUCAGGAAAAACAACUUGGAAACUAACUCGUUUGUUAGUAAUGCUCUUAUGGACAUGUAUGCCAAAUGUGGCAGCAUGAAGGACGCGCAGAGUGUUUUUUCUCACAUGAAAGGGAAGGAUGUAAUAUCAUGGAAUACUAUGAUUGGAGGUUACUCAAAGAACCAUCUUCCAAAUGAAGCUCUUAACUUGUUUGCAGAGAUGCAAAGAGAAUCAAAGCCUGAUGGCACAACGGUGGCAUGCAUCCUUCCAGCCUGUGCGAGCCUUGCAGCGUUGGAUAGAGGUAGAGAAAUCCAUGGAUAUGCAUUAAGAAAUGGAUACUCUAAAGACAAAUAUGUUGUCAAUGCACUUGUUGAUAUGUAUGUAAAGUGUGGGCUAUUAGUUCUUGCACGGUCACUCUUCGAUAUGAUUCUCGAUAAGGACCUUGUCUCAUGGACAGUGAUGAUAGCAGGAUAUGGCAUGCAUGGUUUUGGUAAUGAAGCUGUCGAUAUAUUUAAUCAGAUGAGGAUUUCUGGAGUUGAGCCUGAUGAAGUAUCCUUCAUUUCAAUUCUUUAUGCCUGUAGCCAUUCUGGAUUGCUUGAUGAAGGAUGGAAAUUUUUCAAUAUUAUGAAGAAGGAAUGUCGAAUUGAACCCAAGUUGGAGCACUAUGCUUGUAUGGUGGAUCUUCUUGCCCGAACCGGGAAUCUGGUGAAGGCUCAUAAAUUCAUCAAAACAAUGCCGAUCGAACCAGAUGCAACAAUUUGGGGUGCGUUGUUGUGCGGAUGCAGGAUACACCAUGAUGUCAAAGUAGCAGAGAAAGUUGCAGAACGGAUCUUUGAGCUAGAACCAGAAAACACAGGAUAUUAUGUACUUUUGGCAAACAUCUAUGCAGAGGCAGAGAAGUGGGAAGAAGUUCAAAAGUUAAGGAAGAAAAUCGGACAACGUGGUUUGAAGAAAAAUCCAGGCUGCAGUUGGAUAGAGAUCAAGGGCAAAGUCAAUAUCUUUGUUGCUGGAGAUUGCUCCAAACCCCAAGCCAAGAAGAUAGAGCUACUUCUGAAAAAACUAAGAAGCAAGAUGAAGGAAGAAGGUUACUCUCCAAAAACAAGGUAUGCCUUGUUAAAUGCAGAUGAAAGGGAGAAGGAAGUAGCCCUCUGUGGGCACAGUGAGAAGCUAGCCAUGGCUUUCGGUAUGCUGAAUCUCCCACCCGGCAAGACUAUACGGGUGACUAAAAAUCUCCGAGUUUGCGGUGACUGUCAUGAGAUGGCCAAGUUCAUGUCGAAGAAUACCACGAGAGAAAUCGUUUUGAGAGAUUCGAAUCGUUUUCAUCAUUUCAAAGAUGGAUAUUGUUCUUGUAGAGGUUACUGGUGAAUGGUGAAUGAAAUUCUUAGUAGCUUUCUUAUACAAAGGACCCAUUUUUUCACCCAAUUACUAGUUGCUCUUUUCCCUCUUGAA